GUCGUUUGAGGUUGUGUUUUGCACAACUACCAUCAAAACGUAAAUGUGAUAUAUUUUGACAGCUCAAGAGGUGACAAACGCAUCGCAAACGUUCUGAAAUAAAUUUUUGCCGAAUAUCUGUGAAUUUCAUAUUUUAUUCGUAUAGAAAGUUGAUUGAAUAAUAAAAAACAUGGCAAAUAUAUCGGCGGCUGCUUUAGCCAAUAGAAAUAAGAAACAUUUUCUCGGUGUUCCGGCUCCGUUGGGUUAUGUUGCUGGUGUUGGUAGAGGUGCUACCGGUUUCACCACUCGGUCUGAUAUUGGUCCAGCCCGAGACGCAAACGAUGUAUCUGAUGAUCGACAUGCACCGCCAGCAGCCAAACGAAAAAAGAAAGAAGAAGAAGAGGAGGAUGAUGAAGAUUUGAAUGAUUCCAAUUACGAUGAGUUUAGUGGCUACAGUGGUUCAUUGUUCUCAAAAGAUCCAUACGACAAAGAUGAUGCAGAGGCAGACGCCAUCUACGAAGCUAUCGACAAGCGAAUGGAUGAAAAACGCAAGGAAUAUCGAGAGAAACGAUUGAAGGAGGAUUUGGAGCGAUACCGUCAAGAACGGCCAAAGAUUCAACAGCAAUUCUCCGAUUUAAAACGUAACUUGGGCGAGGUGACCUUAGAAGAAUGGUCGACAAUACCAGAAGUCGGUGACAGUCGUAAUCGUAAGCAGCGUAAUCCGCGUGCGGAAAAAUUCACGCCAUUACCCGAUAGUGUAUUGUCACGUAAUUUGGGUGGUGAAACUUCAGCGAGUAUUGAUAAUCGAUCGGGAUUGUUGACACCAGGUGUGGCCACACCGGGAAUGUUGACACCAACUGGCGAUUUGGAUUUGCGAAAAAUCGGUCAAGCCCGUAACACAUUGAUGAAUGUGAAACUGUCUCAAGUUUCUGACUCGGUCACCGGCCAAACGGUUGUCGAUCCAAAAGGUUAUCUAACCGAUUUACAAUCGAUGAUUCCCACCUAUGGCGGUGAUAUAAAUGAUAUCAAAAAGGCUCGACUUUUGCUAAAGAGUGUCCGUGAAACGAAUCCAAAUCAUCCGCCCGCGUGGAUUGCAUCGGCUCGAUUGGAAGAAGUGACGGGAAAAGUGCAAAUGGCUCGAAAUUUAAUCAUGCAAGGUUGCGAAAUAAAUCCGAAAAGUGAAGAUUUAUGGUUGGAAGCAGCACGUUUACAACCACUUGAUACCGCAAAAGCAGCCAUUGCUCAAGCCGCACGUCACAUUCCGACAUCCGUUCGUAUUUGGAUCAAAGCGGCCGACCUGGAAACUGAACUAAAAGCCAAGCGUCGUGUUUUCCGUAAGGCUCUUGAACAUAUCCCAAACUCGGUUCGUUUAUGGAAAGCUGCCGUUGAACUGGAAAACCCAGACGAUGCACGAAUUCUACUAUCACGUGCAGUCGAAUGCUGUAACACAAGCGUUGAAUUGUGGUUAGCUCUGGCUCGUCUGGAAACCUAUGAAAAUGCCCGAAAAGUUCUUAACAAAGCACGUGAAAAUAUCCCAACAGAUAAACAAAUCUGGAUGACUGCUGCGAAAUUAGAAGAAGCAAAUGGUAAUAUUCACAUGGUAGAGAAGAUUGUGGACCGUGCUUUGUCAUCCCUAUCGGCCAAUGGAGUUGAAAUCAAUCGUGAAAAUUGGUUCCAAGAAGCAAUCGAAGCAGAAAAAUCGGGAGCCGUUCAUUGUUGUCAAGCAAUCAUCAAGUCAAUUAUCGAAAGUGGAGUCGAAGAAGAAGAUCGCAAACAAACCUGGAUCGAUGAUGCGGAUUUCUGUGCCUCGAAAGGUGCAUAUGAUUGUGCUCGUGCCGUGUAUGCCCAUGCGCUUCAAGUAUUUCCAUCAAAGAAGAGUAUUUGGUUGCGGGCUGCAUAUUUUGAGAAGAAUCAUGGAACACGAGAAAGUUUGGAGACUCUUUUGCAGCGGGCUGUUGCACAUUGCCCAAAGUCUGAGGUAUUAUGGUUAAUGGGUGCCAAAUCAAAGUGGUUAGCCGGCGAUGUGCCAGCUGCACGUGGUAUUCUAUCCUAUGCAUUUCAGGCUAAUCCAAAUUCUGAAGAUAUUUGGCUGGCUGCCGUCAAAUUGGAAUCAGAAAAUGCCGAAUAUGAGCGAGCUCGCCGCUUGCUUGCAAAAGCAAGAGCAUCGGCGCCUACUCCACGUGUCAUGAUGAAAUCAUCCAAACUUGAAUGGGCUUUGAUUAAUCUAUCAGAAGCAUUGAAAUUACUUGAUGAAGCGGUCAAAGUGUUUCCAGACUAUGCAAAACUAUGGAUGAUGAAAGGGCAGAUUGAGGAACAGCAAAAUCGCCUUGAAUCGUCUGCCACCACAUACUCAACGGGUGUCAAGAAGAAUCCAAAUUCAAUUCCACUGUGGCUUUUGAUGUCGGGGUUGGAAGAGAAGCGUGGUGCAUUGACCAAAGCUCGUUCGGUACUCGAACGGGCGCGUUUGAAAAAUCCAAAAACACCAUUACUAUGGUUGGAGGCUGUUCGAAUUGAAUUACGCGCUGGACUUGCCGAAAUGGCACAAACAAUAAUGGCAAGAGCUCUGCAGGAAUGUCCACAAUCGGGCGAACUAUGGGCCGAGGCGAUAUUCAUGGAAUCAAGACCACAACGAAAAACUAAAUCUUUUGAUGCAUUAAAGAAAUGUGAACAUAAUCCGCAUGUUCUGCUGGCUGUUUCAAAAUUAUUUUGGUCGGAACAAAAGACUCAAAAAGCAAGAGAUUGGUUUAAUCGAACUGUUAAAAUCGAUCCAGACUUGGGCGAUGCUUGGGCAUAUUUUUAUAAAUUUGAACUAAAUUACGGAACCGAAGCGCAACAAAAUGAAAUUAUCGAGCGAUGUAAUGCAGCCGAGCCAAAACAUGGCGAGGAAUGGUGUAAAGUAAGCAAAAAUAUCAGCAAUUGGUGUUUCAAAACAACGGACAUUCUCAAAGCGGUCGUUAAAACUUUACCUACACCAACAUGAAUAAAAACUUUGCUUAAUUUUUUUUAUUCAUUAGAUUUUAAUAUUUGAUUUGGAAUAAAUUCAAUGAAAUAAAGAGAAAAUAAUUUUAGUUCCAUUGAAA